GAUCUUCGAGUACGCGACAGGACGUAUCAGAAAGUGCGGACUGGGCGACUGCAACCCGCGACGCCCGCAAAUAUUGUUUUUUGUUCUCGCGUUUCUUCCUUGUGAAGGCGAUCCACUACGCAUGCGGAGUAAUCAACCUCUCUAUCAUGCUUAAGCGGUGCUUUCGCUUGCACUUCUACAUCUCUCUGGAGCAGGUGGCGAACAUUGUCAAGGCGAAGUUGAACCACAGCGAAGCCGCGCGCAAUGUUAUGCUGAUCGACGUGCGGUCCACUGCGGAGGUGGCCAAGACGGGCCUCAUUCCCUCUGCCGUCAACAUUCCUUUGCCUAUAUUGCGGGACGUGUUGGCACCAGACAGUGUCGUUGACGAUGCGGAGUUCGCGUUCUUUUUCGGCUCGCCACGACCGGUAAAGGGCACAACGCAGAUGGUGUUCUACUGCGCGCACGGUGUACGCUCCGCUGUGGCGUGCGAGGUGGUGGACGAGCUCGGGUUCGACAACGCACGUAAUUUUUCUGGCAGCUGGGCUCAGUGGCACAACGCCUUCAGCUCAUCGUAG